GUCCUCAGGGUGGAGCCGUCCUUCAGAACCAAACGGGUCUCGGAUGAACCGCCUCCGACCCUGAAAGACAUCGCCCUGUUUAGAAACAGUCCAAAGCAGUUCGUCUGUGUGGAGCUGCUGCAGGAAGGAAACCACAAGACCUUCUCAGAGCUCGUCGCCCUCCUGCGCUCGGACCGGGAUCAGAGGGCGGAGGCUGAACCAGGAUCGGCCCGGCUCCAAGUUCCACCUCUGGAGGAACAGCGGGACAAACUGGAGGCCAUCCGGCUGCACCUGGGUCGAGCCGAGCAGGCUGAACGGACAGGUCUCUGGACCACAGUCUGUGCAGAGCGCCUGCUUUUGGGUCGGUACUUCUCAGCUCAGAGGGAUCUCUGGCUCAGUCUGUAUUUCUACCACAGCUGUGCAGACAGAGAGAGAGGAGGGGGGUCCAAACCGGCCUCAGAGGCCCGAGGCCACCUGGCUGAGCUCUACCUGCAGCGAGGUGAGCUGCAGCAGGCGAGGCAGCUGGCGGAGCAGUUCCUGGAACAGGCCAAGGAGGGCAGAUGGCUGGACUCGAACGGUCGGCCUCUGAGGUUCUGGGCCUGCCAGGUGCUGUGGAAGAUCUACACUUUACUGGGCGACGCUCUGCUGACUGACAAAGACUACGACACGGCCAUGACGCUGUUUCACCAGAGCUACAGCAUGGCCAAACUGUGUGAGUACAGGUGGGAGGCGCACCUGGUGUGA